UUGACAUGACAUAGACAUAUCAUAAAUCGUAAGUUUUGUUUUUGUAAGUAAUAAAUUGCAAGAUUCCUCAAAAUAAAUAAUGAAUGUAGUCGUAAUAAUCAAUACUUGAUACAAGUUUUAAUGUAUAGGAGUUUUAAUUUAAUGGGGUACCGUGUGACUGGAUCAAAAUGUCUUACAAUCUGCCUUGGAUUCACUUUUAUUAUGGGGUGCUUCUUGGCAUCUCUACCGAUUGUUCCUUCGGAGCCCACAAACCACCGGAUAUCAACAACAUAUAGUAAAAAGAAAUUAGCCAUAAUCGUACCAUUCAGGGACAGAUUUGAAGAACUCCUGGAGUUUGUACCUCACAUGUAUAAAUUUCUAAACAAACAAAACAUACCUUUCCACAUAUUCAUCGUCCAACAGAAAGACAACAAUCGCUUCAACAGAGCCUCACUCAUAAAUGUCGGCUUCAUUUACACAAAGAAGGAUUACGACUACAUUGCUAUGCACGAUGUAGAUUUACUGCCAAUGAAUGAUAACUUAAAAUAUGGUUAUCCCAAAAAUGGUCCUUAUCACAUAUCCUCACCGCAAACACACCCCAAGUAUCAUUAUGAUACUUUUAUUGGUGGUAUUUUAUUAAUAAAACGGGAGGAAUUCGAUUUGGUUAAUGGUAUGUCGAAUAACUACUGGGGAUGGGGUUUAGAAGAUGAUGAGUUUUAUGUUAGGUUAAAAGAUGCAAAAUUAAAAGUUUUGAGACCUGAAAAUAUCACAACGGGAUCAGAUAACACUUUUAGACAUAUACAUGACAAAACAUAUAGGAAACGUGAUAUGAGGAAGUGCUUUAACCAGAGGGAGAUUACCCGCCAUCGUGACAGAGUGACCGGAGUCCACAAUGUUGCAUAUAAAAUUCACAGCACUCACAAUGUUUCUAUAGACUCUUUACCAAUCACAGUGAUUAAUGUUGAACUGAUUUGUAAUAAGACUGCAACACCUUGGUGCCAGUGUCCUGAACCACCUAAAGUCAAGAAGGUGAAGUGAGUUAAUUUAAACAUAGUUAUGGAAUAAGGCUUCUAUGUACUUAAAGUACAUUAAAACCAUACUUAGCCUGACAAAUAUUGACCAUAGACAAUCUAAGGAAAGUCAAAAAUUGAGACAAUAUUGAUAAUUAUACCAAAACCUUCAAUAAAAAAAUAAUUCAUCUUCAGAAUCUCCAGAAAUUUCAACAAUACUUGCAGGAAUUAUAUACUCCAAUUUAGAAAAUAAUAUUUCCAUCACUUCGAACGUUAUAAAUGUUUAGCUGAUGUCAACAUAUAUAAAUUGUUGGCUAUUUGCCUCGAUGAAUGAGGGCCAGAUAUCCGAGCCUUUAAAUGUAUAUAUUAGAAUUAAAAACCAAGUGAAGAUUAGUAAGAAUUAAAUAAGGCUUAUAAAAAAAAGUCAAAUUAUUGAAUUUUUGAAAUGAAUUGGUGAUGCCCUUUUCUAUUAUGAGUAUUUUAAGGGCUUGAUCCUCUAAUACCUUAAAAGCAAUAUUCAAACAUUUUUUUAAUGUAUAUAUAUUUUAAAACAUACUAAUACUCAAUUUAUUCAACAAUAAAAUUAAAGCAUUUAUGGAUUUGUGAAUGUAAUAUUUUUUAUUCAUUUACCUCUGUUUUUUGUAUUAUCUGUAACCAUAGACAGAACUGAGCUAUAGAGUUAGAAAAUUAGCCAUACUAGAAAGAGAUAAAGCUGUGGUCAGCCAUUAACUAUUACUUUUCUAAGUUUGUCUUCUUUACAAUUUUUACCCAGACAUGUAUAUACCCUAAGAGCAUUGUACAGCGAUUGUAUAAUUAGACAAUGGUUUGUCUCCCUCUCUCGAAUGUACAAUCACUAAUGACAGAGAGAGAUACAGUUCUGUUUCACUAUUUAACUAUAUACAACUAUGGAUUCUAGAUCAAUAAAAUUGUUGUACUUUAAGUAAAUAUUGUAUUUGAAUUUGUAAGUCAAUUACUUAUGGUAUGUAUUAACUUAUGUUAUAGUUGUAUACAAUUUAAUAAUGAAAUCCUAGUCUGUCCUAUUUUCAAGGAUAUUUCCUAAAUUUAUUUGAUGUUUUUAAAUAUAUAUAAUUUAGACUA